AUGAUUGGGAGGGGAUUGGAACACCUGAAUCACAUGAUUGGGAGGGGAUUGGAACACCUGAAUCACACGAUUGGGAGGGGAUUGGAACACCUGAAUCACACGAUUGGGAGGGGAUUGGAACACCUGAAUCACACGAUUGGGAGGGGAUUGGAACACCUGAAUCACACGAUUGGGAGGGGAUUGGAACACCUGAAUCACACGAUUGGGAGGGGAUUGGAACACCUGAAUCACACGAUUGGGAGGGGAUUGGAACACCUGAAUCACAUGAUUGGGAGGGAUUGGAACACCUGAAUCACACGAUUGGGAGGGGAUUGGAACACCUGAAUCACAUGAUUGGGAGGGGAUUGGAACACCUGAAUCACAUGAUAGGGAGGGGAUUGGAACACCUGAAUCACAUGAUUGGGAGGGGAUUGGAACACCUGAAUCACAUGAUAUGGAGGGGAUUGGAACACCUGAAUCACAUGAUUGGGAGGGGAUUGAAACACCUGAUUCACAUGAUAUGGAGGGGAUUGGAACGCCUGAAUCACAGGAUUGGGAGGGGA